AUGUCCGAAGUUCAAAGCCGUUCUGCACGAGGCAGAGUAUCCGCUCGCGGUGGUCGCGGCGGUUUCAGCUCCAGAGGUGGCCGUGGUGGAAACAGCAGAUCCGCAGCUGACAACUCAGACCUCUCAUCUUUUGAAGAGGGUGAAAUUGGAGAAAUGAAGAAGAAAUAUUCGGACACCUUGCCCACUCUUAAGGAACUAUUCCCUGACUGGAAGGACGAAGACCUCGUUUUUGCUCUCGAGGACUCAAACGGUGAACUCGAGGAAGCCAUUGAGCGCAUCACUGAAGGCAAUGUAUCGCAGUGGGGAGAGGUCAAGAAGAAGACGGCCGCAGACCGGACUAAGCCUAAGGCGAAGGAAGUUCAGAGCACCCCGACCGAGUCGAUUACAGCCUCCGCUCGAGGAGCUCGUGGCCGUGGUGGGUUUGAAGGCCGUGGACGUGCCCGCGGAGACCGGGGUCGUGGCGGUCGCGGCGGCCGGGCCACAACUCAUACGAAUGGAACCCGUGCGGCAGCUGGUACUACAGAGACUCCGGUGGCUGCUGCAGUACCCGAGCCUGUUACAACUCAGGUGGCAGAGGAAGUUGAAAGUGUGCCCACAGCUGGAGCGGAGUCAGAGUCAGCCGAGCCCAAAACCACUGUUAUUCCUGAGGGCACAAAGAAGGGAUGGGCGAGUCUCUUCGCCAAACCUGCGCCGCCUCCUCCUCAACAGAAGCCUCCUCAGGCGGCUCCUGCGCUUGUAUCCCAAAAGACUGCUGAGCCCACGACUGAGCAGAAGGCCCCCGAACCCGUCCCCGCCCCCACUGUGGUCCAGAAGACCCCCGUCGCGAAACCCAUCGAACCUGUCGCCCCUGUCAUUCCUCAGGUCACUGCUAAGCCCCCGGCCGACGACCUGACCGAGACCAACCUCGAGCAAAUUCCCGAUGUUUCUGCUCCUGCUCCUACGGCCACCGCUGCCAGCACAGUUGGCAGUACUUUCGACCCCGCCGCGGCUGCCAAUGCUACUCCUUCACGCGUGACCUCGUCUGGUCUCCCCAGCAGUGCUUUGAAGCAAGGUACCCGUGCUCCUGGCUUCCAGCGCCGUGUCAUGGAACAGCAGCAAGCCGUCGUUAUGCCGGGCAACCAUGCCGUUGACCGUGCCGCCGUGCAGUUCGGCAGCAUGGGAUUGAACGGUGAUGCCCACUCUCCUGUCGCCCCUCGUGCUUCCCUUCCUCCUUCCAACCAGGGUGUACCUGAGACCGGUGCUGCCCGUCCUGCCCCCGGCCUGCCCCCGGUUCCCCAGGCUUCCGCUGCCGAGUCCUUCACCGAUUUUGCCCGCUACGGCGAGCCUCAGAAGCCCUUCGAUCCCUUCACCCAACAGGUGAGCCAGCCUCAGCAGCAGAUUCAGGAGCCUUUCGCCAACCAGACUCCGGCUCAGCCCACUGCCACCACUGGCGGCGACUUCUCUCCCUUCUACGCGGCCGACCAGCAGCGUUUCCCCUACUACAACUACGGCAAUUACGGCCAGAACCAGGAUGCUGGUGCUGGUCCCCGUGCUGCUGGUGGUUUCGGCGUGUCUGCCGGUGAGGCUCAAUCUCAGGUUCCUACCACCCAGCCUCCUAGCCGCUACGGCCCAGUCGAUGCCAACAAUAGUGGCCAGAACACCCCCAACCCGGCUCUGCCCGGUGCGACCGCUGCUCCGGCCGCUCAGCACAUGCCUGGCCAGAGCCAGCACGCCUAUGGCUACGGCGGCUAUCCCUAUUACUCCAACCCCCCAAUGAACCAGCAUAACUACGGCCGGAACCGUGGAAUGUAUGAUGACGCUCGCCGCUACGAUCAGGAGCAGCAGCAGCAGCACUACGGCAUGCCCCAUGCCUCUCAGUACGGCUAUGGUGGUCAGCAGUACGGCCCCUAUGGCGGCAAGGGUGGCAUGUACGGCCAGCCCCAGGGCUUCUAUGACCACUCUUCUCCCGCCAACGCCGGCAGCUUCAACCAAGGCGCCGUGCCUGGUCGUGACUCCGUCUACGGCCGCACCGGCUCCGCUCAGCCCUCUGAUAGCCAGCAGUCCGCCAGUGGUACCAACGCCUUCAGCUCCGGCAUGUCUGAUGUCUUUGGUCGCUCCCAAGCCGGCUUCGGCCAGAACCCUCCCGUCGCUGGACAGACCCCCGUGACCGCUGAGGAGACCAAGGGUUUCGAGGCUUCCAAGACUGGUGGCCCUAGCCCCUCUCUCGCACAGAACCGCCCCGGAUCUGCCACUAACAGCGUUCCUGGUCAGCCUCAGGCCCAGACAGGUCUACCCCCGCUGCAGGGCCAGCAGGGCCAGCAAGGCUUCGGUGCUUAUCCCCAGUUGAACCCCCAGUACGGUGGCCUUGGCGGUCUUGGUAACCCCCAGGGUGCGGCUUCGCAGACCCACCAGGCCUCCGGCUACGGUGGCUACGGUGCUGGCUUCAGCAACUACUACGGCGGUAACACCCGUGGUGGCUGGGGCAACAACUACACCCACUAA